AUGUUCGGCCACCGACUCGUCGGCGGCUUCGCCAUCGUCUGGCUGCUCUGCGGCGUGUUCCAGCCCGUCUCGGUGUCCCCGCCGGCUUUCCGCUCUUCGGCGGCUCUCCGAUCUCGCGCAACGCCUGAUCAACAUACUUCCAAGGGUUCCAAUGCACCCAACGAGCGCAUCGUCAGCCAGGCUGAAGACUUCUCGGCGAAUCAUUCGCUGCGUGUCAAGCGAGCUUGUCUCGGCAAGGAACCGUUUGCCUGCGUGGCGAAGAGCAUAAUCGAUGGCCUUCCCGCUGGUGCUGCGAGCAAGAAGAGCAGCAUCUCGGAUACGGGGUGCGCGAAUUGCGACGUGGAGAACUGCCAGCUGAUCGACGGGGGAUCGAUCGACGGACACGUGCUAACCACCACGCUGAACAUGCGCGCUGUGGCCAAAUGUACUCCAAAGGAUGAUACUUGCGGCUAUACCGACUCUGCCAUUUGCCUGAAGCCCGUCUCGUUCGUGACAGAUGGCCAAGAGCAUUCGGAGCUCUUCCCGUUCAACCUGUGCACCCGAAAGAUGGUCGUCGACGGCACCUGCCCCAAACAUCUAUUGAGCACCUCCCCGUACGACGUCACAAAGCUCGUCAUUACACUUGACUACCACGUUCAAUGCGAUCUCGGCCUCAUGGUGCCACCGAUCGCUGCUAACAUCGGAUGCGUGCCCAGUCUACAUCAAGCCGCUGGUCUCGCCCCAGGAGAUCCAUCAAUAUUUCCGGAUGACAUCACGGAUUUCGACAACAUCCAGUUCUGCGCCGCUGAGCUGCCGCUGCCGGACCCGCUCAACUGUAUGCCGCGUCCACUGCAGGGCUUCCCCUUGGCCGUCGGGAUGCCCAAGAGCGUCCUUGAUGCUGCUAAUACCCCGUGUCUCUACCCCGCCCGAGGAGCCAAGAAGGCGGAGGAUUGUGUGCUCUUGGACCUACUUAUCCCACCUACUGACACUCAAAAGGCACCAUUAAUAAUACCUGGUGAUCGGAACGGGUUGGGCCCGUACGCCGCGCUGCAGUCCACCUUCGGGAACUUGGACCGGAAAUGGACCGCUGAGGAGGAGCCACAGCGGAUUUUCCCCCGUUGCAUCGAGAUCAGCGACGUUGCGGGGUUGACGCAGCUACACAUCGAUGAAGUCCAGAAAGACUUCUACCUGAACUGCGAAACCAAUCCUUACUACCAGAAGGCCGUGACGACGCGUAACGCGGCGCAGAUGGCCGCCCUCAAGAUCGAACCCGCCAAGUGUGCCACGGUGCGAAGCAGCGCUAGGCUCUUCUGUCGCUGGCACGUUGCUCACAACGCUACUGCCGACGCCGUCGUCAGAGAGCAGGACUUCGGCGCCCUUCUCGACGAAGCCCUGGUCUACCCCAGUUGGAUCACCUACAAUUCGGUUGUCCUUGGCCUCGUGCUGUGCGUCACCAUCAUCCUUUUCGUCAUUGGCUACAUUCGGGCCUCCAAGAUUAAGGUGCUCUGGUUCAAAACCAACCAGAUUGCUAACCCGAAGCUGGGGCGCCCGAGCAAGCAAGUGUUAGCGGUCGUGGCCAAGUUUGUGAAGGCAGCGCGCAAGGAGGUCUUCGGCCGCGGUGUCGCCAAAUACGUCUGCCAAAAUCAGGAGGGCGCCAAGUUGCUGAAUGGAUCUGAAUACACUAUACCCACUAUCCACGUACCCAAACCUGGCCCGGAACUCGGCAGCAAGGCCCGUACCAUCGCCCGCCUAACCCACUUCUGCGAGGCGUAUAAACACUGUGUGGUGCAAUGCGCGACGGGUGCCGGCUGGUCGAACGUCUUCCUGAUGGUCGUCGUGCUGCUCGACCGGCUGCGUCAGGGGACCGAGGUUGAAGUGAUCGGUCUGUUCAAAGAGCUGCGCAGCAUCCAUCCGGACGCCAUCACCGACCCCGAGCAGUACAUGGCCAUCUACAUGGCGCUGCUCGAGUACAUCAAGGCCUACCUGCCGGAGCACAGUAGCGCCAUCCGCAAGUUCCUCGCCGGCGUCGGACCGGUCAUGAAGAAGGAUGCGAAGGACUCA